UUUUAUUUUUGUUUACAGUAUGUAUUCGUAUUCGUAGAAAACUAAUGAAUUGAUACAUUUGAUUGAUACUUUGUUUAUAAAAAUUAUUUCGUGACUAGUGUUUUCCAUAUUACAUUUCUUUUUAUCUUAUUUCCCUACUAUUGGUUGAAACAUGGCGAGAACAAAAGCAUCUGCCGGUGCUAAAGUGGCGUCCGGAAAAAGUAGUAAAGCAAGAUGUAGCGUAGCAAUACCCGCUAGUUCGUCAGGAUCUUCAGGUAGCAGUGAACGGGCCGGACGCAGUGGCGGCAGCGGCGGUGGCAAUUCGGUGUGUGCACGGGAGACCCCCAAGUGGCAGAAACCCAUCACUAAUUUCUUCAUAUGCAAAGAACCUGCUCGGGGCUCUGAUAAUGAGGAAGAAGGGGUUGAAGCAUCUAGCUCAAAGCCAAAGGCACCGAAACCAAUUGUAGAGUCAGAUGAGGAGCAGCAGGUUGCGGAGAAACCAAAAAACAAGGAACUGGACGAAACUAUUGAGUUGGAGCCCUUAACAGGCGAAGACAGCCACAAAAUAGAAGAAUAUUACCCUAAAGGCCCGAAGGGCAAAGGUAAGGGCAAGAAAACUAAGGGCAAAGAGAACAUUGACAGCAACGUUGAGAGACGAAACUCAGCCAAACGGGAACUGGAAGAAAUCACUUUUGGUGAAGAGUCGGAGCAUGCUAGUAAAAGGGUCAAAGUUAAUUGAUAGGAUAGGCACUAUUUUAAAAACCUGACUGGUGCAGUACUAAAUAUAAUACAUAUUACCUAGGUACCAUUUUUUUAAACAUUAAUAAUAAUUAUAAUAGUACCAAAGAGAAUUAAGAAGACAUAGUGCUCACUCCAUACAUCGGUUUUGUUACCAAAAAGACUUAUUUUCGUAGUCUACAUCUAGCGUCAAGUGGAACUAUCAGUACUGCUACUCGACACUAGAUGUCACAUGUGUCGCGACUGACGAAGUGUAUUGCUCAACAAUUUGUAACUAAUAUUAUAAGCAGAAGGAGUUAAAAAUAGUUCCAGUUACUCUGGUUAUAAAAUUAGCUGAAUAUGGUUAAGCAUUAGACUUUCCGUUUGCCGCGACAUCUAUUGUCGAGUAGCAGUAAUGAGAGUUCCGCUACUUGACGCUAGAUGCCACGGGUACCACAAUUAGCAAUAUUCUUUAAGGGUUCUUUUUUGGUGUUCAAUAGGUUCAUUAUUAUCUUUAACACUUUACCUUACUUUUUAAUUUUGAACUUAAUAUUUUCUUGUUAUUUGAGGAUAUUCCCUAGACUAAGUAUAAUCUAAAUCAUUUCACAAAUAAACUGUGCCAUGAUAAUAACAAGUUUAAUUAGUGGUAUUUUCUAUAAAAAGGGACCUUAUUGUCGAUGGCGCUUGCGCCAUUAUAAACGAUGCUCCGAUAUAAAUACAAUGCCGCGCGACGCUGUGCGGCGUAAGCGCCAUCGACAAUAAGGUCCCUUUUCAUUGAAAAUGCCUCAAAUAAUGUUAAGUUUAGCCUCGAGAGAAAGGCGCGGCAUCAUUGGUCUGCAGGUAGUAGACUCCGGAAGAUCUGUAAAAAAGGAGUAUGAUUUCAUUGAUCAUCAAUUGGAUCAUAUUUUAAGCUAAAUGGCACACUUAGGUAACGCACGUAUAAGACUCAAGGUCAUAUUUUUAGGGUUGCGUACCCAAAGGGUAAAAACGUGACCCUAUUACUAAGACUCCGCUGUCCGUCCGUCUGUCACCAGGCUGUAUCUCAUGAACCGUGAUAGCUAGACAGUUGAAAUUUCAACAGAUGAUGUAUUUCUGUUGCCGCUAUAACAAAAAAUACUAAAAAACCAGCCAAGUGCGAGUCGGACUCGCCCACAGAGGGUUCCGUACUUUUUGGUUACAAGUUGGUAAUUUUUUCUUUCAUCUCGGCGACUGUUUAUUUCUUUUUUUUUACUUAAGUACUAAAAUAAGUGUUUGAUUAAUAUAAGAAACUAUUAUUAAAUUGCUUACUUUUGUUAAGUUUCACUGGAAUGA